AUGCAGGUUAUUGUGCAACUACUCUGUAGCGUAAACUCGUGGCGAAAAUCGAAUCGCAACCGUUCGCCCAAACGUGACCCUCCCCUCGCCCUCGCUUUCCUUUCCCACGCUUCCACUCUCUUUCGCCCGCGUCGUCGCCAUCGCUUCCGCAGCUCGUCGCGUGCCCGUCGCCUUCGCUCCGCCCGUCGCCUUCACUUCUCCCCCAUCGCCUUCACUUCUCCCCCGUCGCCUUCACUCCCCCCCCUCUUCUGUUGCCUUCAUUUCCCCCUCCCGUCGCCUUCACUUCCCCCUCCCGUCGCUUUCACUUCCCCCUCCCGUCGCCUUCAAUUCCCCCUCCCGUCGCCUUUAUUUCCCCCUCCCGUCGCCUUCAUUUCCCCCUCCCGUCGCCUUCACUUCCCCCUCCCGUCGCCUUCACUUCCCCCUCCCGUCACACUCGCUUCCCCACCCGUCACCUUCACUUCCCCUCCCAUUGCCUUUCACUCUCUCCUGCUCAAUCUCUUUCCCCCUGCUCACUCUCUUCCCCCCUGCUCACUCUCUUUCCCCCUGCUCACUCUCUUCCCCCCUGCUCACUCUCUUCCCCCUUGCUCACUCGCUUCCCCCCUCCUCAAUCUCUUCCCCCCUGCUCACUCUCUUCCCACUCUCUUCCCCCCUGCUCACUCUCUUCCCCCCUGCUCACUCUCUUCCCCCCUGCUCACUCUCUUCCCCCUUUCCCCAUUUCUCACCCAUUUUCCCCCUUCACGCUCUCUUACCCCCUCUGCUCGCCCCUGUUUUCCCAACUCACGCCUAUAUUCACUCUCCCCCCCCCCUGCUCACUCUCUUCCCCCCCUGAUCAUUCUCUUUCCCCUUGCUCACUCUCUUUCCCCCCUUCUCACUCUCUUUCCCCCUUCACGCUCUCUUUCCCUCCCUUCCGCCCGUUGCCCCCCUUCGUCUCGCGCUCGUCCCCUCGCAAUCCCCGUCUCUCUCUCCCCCCGUCGCCCUCGUUUUCCCCGUCGCCCUCCCUUCCACUCCUCGUUGCCCUCGCCAUCCCUCCCUUCUCCCUUCCCAUCUAGCACACUUGUCACGCCCCCUUUCCAACCCGCACAUACACCCUUCCCUUCUUCCCUGUUUCCUCGUAUCCCCUGCGCUGCUUCCCCCCAUCCUCCGACUUGCUCCCCCCAUCCCCUUCCCUGCUUCCCCCCAACCCCUUCCCUGCUCCCCCCCAUCCCCUUCCCUGCUUUCCCCCUUCCCCUUCCCUGCUUCCCCCCGUCCCCUUCCCUCCUUCCCUCGUCCCCCUCCCAGCAUCCCCCCAUCCGCUUCCCUGCUCACCCCCAUCCCCUUCCCUGCUCCCCACCAUCCCCUUCCCUGCUUCCCCCUAUCUCCUUCCCUGCUUCCCCCUAUCGCCUUCCCUGCUCACCCCUGCUCCCUCUGUUUCACCCUUGCUCCCUCCCCUUCUUCUCUGCUCACUCUCUUCCCCCUUGCUCACUCUCUUUACUUCUGCUCACUCUGUUCCCCCCUGCUUCCUCUCUUCCCCUCUGUUCAAUCUGUCCCCCGCUGCUUCUUCUCUUCCCCUCUGCUCAUUCCGUUUACUGUCUUUCCCCCUUCACUCACCCCCAUACCCCCCAAUGCAGUUACAGGAAUGAAGGAGGGGAGGAAGUGAUGAUGGGAGGAAGGGAGGUAGGGAGGACGCUUGGGGGAGAAGCAGAAGGGAGGGGAGGAAGAGAGGCUGGGGAGGAGGGUGGGGAGGAGGGUGGGGAGGAGAGUGGGGAGGAGGGUGGGGAGGAGGGUGAGGAGGAGGGUGGGGAGGAGGGUGGGGAGGAGGGUGGGGAGGAGGGUGGGGAGGAGGGUGGGGAGGAGGGUGGGGAGGAGGGUGGGGAGGAGGGUGGGGAGGAGGAAAGGGGUGGGGCGGAAUGGGGUGGGGCGGGGAGGAAUGGGGUGAGGCGGAUUGGGGAGAUGAGGGAUGGGGAGAUGAGGGAUGAGGAGAUGAGGGAUGGGGAGGUGUGGGAUGGAGAGGAGAGGGCUAGGGAGGAGAGGGAUGGGGAGGUGAGGGAUGAGGAGGUGAGGGAUGGGGAGAUGAGGGAAGGGGAGAUGAGGAAUGGGGAGAUGAGGAAUGGGGAGAUGAGGGAAGGGGUAAUGAAUGAACGUGUAUGCGACGGAAGGGUGCUGCUGACCAUGCACCCUCCCACACCCCACGCGAUGGGAAGGGAUGAGAGGGUGGGCGGCAUGGGUAGAGAAGCGAUGGUGAAUAGGGGGAACGUGAUGGGCAGGGGAGUGAUGACGACGCGGAGAGAGGAGGAGAGAAGGGAGGUCGGCGGAAAGGCUAAGCGAGGACGAUGGGAGGGCAAGCGUGGGCGACAGUGGCGGUGGGCGACGGUGGCGGUGGGCGACGGUGGCGGUGGGCGACGGUGGCGGUGGGCGACGGUGGGGAGAAGCGUGGGCGACGGUGGGGGGAAGCGUGGGCGACAGUGGGGGGAAGCGUGGGCGACGGUGGGGGGAAGCGUGGGCGACGGUGGGGGGAAGCGUGGGUGA